AUGGAUAUUACUUCUAGAACUUUGUUAUUAAGAUUAAACGAUCAAGGAGAGCCUGUGACUGCUUCUUCUUCAUAUGGUCAAGGUGUGCUGACUUUACCCUCCUUACCUUUACCUAAAGGCACUCCCCGGGGUGUACCACUUUACACUUUGAAAUUGCUAAUUGCUGCUGGCAGUCCCGUUGCUAGAGACGGGCUGGUAUGGACUAAUGUUCCUGAGGAUUGCUCGACCGAUUUUGACAGAAACAAAUUCCAUAAAAUUGUUAUAAAGACAAGCUUCCACAGAGAUGACGAAAUCUCUAUACCCAUUUUUAAACCUGGUACUUUUUGUUUUUAUCUGUCUUUUAGAAAUGAUAAAGAAGAAUUGGAGACUACUCGUAAAUUCUAUUUUGUCGUGUUGCCCACUUUAUUCAACAACAAUGGAGAGCUUUUACCUUUGAAUUCUAUCUCAUUGCAAUCUGUGGUCUCAAAAUGGCUAGGUCCAACUUUAAGGGACUGGGACCGUGUUUUCGCCAAAAUAUCUAAAAAAAAAUACAAUAUGAUCCAUUUCACACCAUUGCAAGAGAGAGGUGAAUCCAAUUCUCCAUAUUCUAUAUUUGACCAAUUGACUUUCGACCCUCAGUACUUUAAGUCAGAGAAGGACGUCAAAACAAUGGUUGAUCAUCUAUACAAAGAUCUAAAUAUUCUCUCUAUGACUGAUAUUGUUUUUAACCACACUGCAAACAACUCACUAUGGCUUCGUGAACAUCCAGAUGCAGGAUACAACCAAUACACCGCACCUCAUCUAAUUGCUGCCAUUGAACUCGAUCAGAGUCUAUUGAAUUUCUCAAAAGAUUUGAAGAAUUAUGGAUAUCCUACCGUGCUAAACAAUGAAGAUGACCUGAUUAAAAUUAUGGAAGGGAUUAAGAUUCAUGUAUUGGGCUCAUUGAAACUUUGGGAAUUCUAUGUAAUGGAUGUUAAAACAUUGAUUAAAGAAUUCAAAACCCAAUGGACCCAGAGUUUCGAUUCCUUGAACGAGGAUCUUUUGGCAAAUGUUCCGAAAUUUACUGGAUCUGAGACAUUCGUUACUGAUAUGGCACAGUUUUUGGUCACAAACGCUACUAGUAACAAUUUCCAUAUCUUGGGUGAAAGAUUUGCUAAAAAAUUGAUACUGGAGAACACAAUCCCGAUAUUGAAAGAAAGUUUAUCGAGUAAUGGGACCAACGAUGUUAGUGUAUGGAAUGAUCAAACAGAAAGUCUUGUACAACGUAUAUUAGAUGAAAUCAAUCUACCCUUAUACAAGGAAUACGAUGAUGAUGUUAACGAGAUUUUGGAGCAACUGUUUAAUCGUAUAAAAUAUUUGAGAAUAGAAGAACAUGGCCCUAAACAAGGCGAAAUUAAUAAUAAAUUCCCGUUGACAGAGCCUUAUUUUACACGUUUCAUUGGUGAAGACGGUAAAUCAUAUGCUUUGGCUAACAAUGGUUGGAUUUGGGAUGGUAAUCCAUUGAUUGAUUUUGCCUCAAAUAAAUCAAAGGCCUAUGUUCGUCGUGAAGUUAUCGUUUGGGGUGAUUGUGUCAAAUUGAGAUACGGUUCUGGUCCUCAAGAUUCCCCAUACCUCUGGGAUAGAAUGUCCAAAUACGUUGAAAUGAAUGCUAGGAUUUUUAAUGGGUUUAGAAUUGAUAAUUGUCAUUCUACUCCCUUACAUGUAGGUGAGUAUUUCCUAGAUUUGGCAAGAAAAGUUAAUCCAAACUUAUAUGUUGUGGCAGAAUUAUUCACCGGUUCUGAGAUGAUGGAUUGUUUAUUUGUGGAAAGACUGGGUAUUUCCUCUUUAAUAAGGGAGGCAAUGCAAUCAUGGUCAGAGGAGGAGCUGUCUCGUUUGGUUCAUAGACAUGGAGGUAGACCUAUUGGUUCCUUUAAAUUUGUACCAAUGGAUAAUUUUCCAUAUCCAGCAGAUAUUAAAAUUGAUCAUGAAUAUUGUAGAUAUAACAAAGAUGACCAUGCUAUUAAAUGUGUUUCUGAAAUUAUGAUUCCUAAGAUAUUAACUGCCACACCACCACAUGCUCUAUUUAUGGACUGUACACAUGAUAAUGAAAUGCCAUACCAGAAGAGAACAGUAGAAGAUACUUUGCCUAACGCUGCUUUAGUGGCUCUUUGUUCUUCCGCUAUUGGAUCUGUUUAUGGUUAUGAUGAAAUUUUCCCUAAGUUGUUGAAUUUGGUCACUGAAACAAGAACUUACGAUGUUAAAGAUGGUGAUGGUAUCAGUGAUAUUAAGACUAAAUUGUUUGAAAUUAGAGAUGAUAUUUCUAGAAAAUCUUUUGAUAUUGAAGAUUCAGAGAUGCAUGUACAUCACGAUGGUCAAUAUAUUACAUUUCAUAGGUGUGACGCAAAGACUGGCUCGGGUUGGUAUUUGAUUGCUCGAAUGAAAUUUAACAAUAAUGUGGGUUAUCAAGUUUUGCCACCCGUUGUAUUGCCACAAUCUAAAUGUAUUUUGAAAUUUGCUUAUACUUUAGAGAAGGUUGGUGAUAUUAAGGAUACAGAAUCCAAUAAAGUUAUCAAGGGUAUACCAACAAAAUUAAGAGAAUUGACCGGUUUUGGAAUUGACUAUGACGAAAAUUCACAAACUUCCACAAUUACUACACCAGGUGAUUUCCCACCUGGAUCCAUUGCUAUUUUCCGUACUCAACAAAAUGGUGUUGAUGAUACUUUGGAUCAUUUUAUUAGAUCUGGUGCUAUUAAAGCUACUUGUAAUUUGACAUUGGAAUCCCUAAACUAUGUCUUAUACCGCUGUGAAAAUGAGGAAAGAGAUUCUAGUUAUGGUCAAGGCGGGUGUUAUAAUAUUCCUGGUUAUGGUACUUUAGUUUAUGCAGGUUUACAAGGUUGGAUUUCAGUCUUGCGUAAUAUCGUUUUCACAAAUGACUUGGCUCACCCGUUAAGUGCUAAUCUACGUGAUGGUUGUUGGGCACUUGAUUAUGUAAUUGAUCGUUUAGCUUAUUAUGAAGAUGCACCUGGUGUGAAGCAGGUACAGGAAUGGUUACGUAGCAGAUUAGGUAAAGUCAAACAAUUGCCAAGUUUCUUGAGACCAAGUUAUUUUGCACUAAUUAUUGGUAUCCUUUAUGGUUGUUGUCGUUUACGUGCUAUGCAAUUAAUGUCUAUCAAUGUAGGUAAAUCUACUGCUUUUGUCCAAAGUUUGGCAAUGACUAGUAUCCAAAUGAUUUCUAAAUUGAACUCUACGUCAAUAUAUCCAGAUAAACAAGUCGCAUGCAUGGCUGCUGGUUUACCUCAUUUUAGUACAGAUUAUAUGAGAUGUUGGGGUAGAGAUGUGUUUAUUUCAUUGAGAGGUUUAUUAUUAACUACCGGUAGAUAUGAUAUUGCUCAAGAUCAUAUCUUGGCCUUUGCUAAGACUUUGAAGCAUGGUUUAAUUCCAAAUCUUCUUGAUGCAGGCAGAAACCCAAGAUAUAAUGCACGUGAUGCGGCUUGGUUUUUCUUGCAAGCAAUUCAGGAGUAUGUUAAUAUUGUUCCAAAUGGUGAAGAUAUCUUGAAGGAGCAAGUUACUAGAAGAUUUCCCCAAAACGAUGAAUAUAUUACUUGGAAUGAUCCAAGAGCAUUUACUCAUAUCAAUACAAUUGAAGAAAUAAUCUAUGAAAUUUUAAGUAGACAUGCUAAAGGUAUCAAAUACAGAGAAGCUAAUGCCGGGCCAAAUUUAGAUCGUGUCAUGACUGACGAAGGUUUUAACGUUAAAGUGUAUGUUGACUGGGAUACAGGGUUGAUUCAUGGUGGCUCUCAAAAUAAUUGUGGUACAUGGAUGGAUAAGAUGGGUGAAAGUAAUAGAGCUGGAUCUACUGGUAUUCCAGGUACACCAAGAGAUGGUGCAGCUAUUGAAAUUAAUGGGUUAUUGAAGAGUGCAUUAAGAUUUGUUAAUGAGUUACAAUCCAAGGGUUUAUUUAAGUUUUCAGAAGUGGAGACGCAAGAGGGUUUUAUUAUCUCUUUGAAGGAGUGGGAGAAGUUGUUACAAGAUAAUUUCGAGAAGAAAUUCUAUAUCCCAUUAGAUUCAAAAGAUGAUGAUAAAUUUGAUAUUGAUUCAUCUAUUGUUAAUAGAAGAGGUAUUUACAAAGACCUUUAUAGAUCGGGUAAACCAUAUGAAGAUUACCAACUGAGACCAAACUUUGCUAUUGCUAUGGUGGUGGCACCUGAAUUGUUUACCCCUGAAUAUGCCACUAAAGCCAUAGGUAUUGCAGAUAAGAUUAUUAGAGGGCCUAUUGGUAUGCGUACUUUGGAUCCAAGCGACUACAAUUAUCGUCCAUAUUAUAAUAAUGGUGAGGACUCUACUGACUUUGCUACUUCGAAGGGUAGGAAUUAUCAUCAAGGUCCGGAAUGGGUUUGGUGUACAGGUUAUUUCCUAAGAGCUUUUCUUUAUUUCAAUUUCUUGACUAAUCCAAGGGCAAGUAAUAAACCAAAGUCCAAACCAUCCUCUUACAUGUACCAACAAUUAUAUUACAGAUUAAUCAAACAUAGAGAAUGGAUAAUGAAGAGUCCAUGGGCCGGUCUUACAGAGCUAACCAACAAGGACGGAGCUCUUUGUAAUGAUUCAAGUCCAACCCAAGCAUGGAGUAGUGGAUGUCUAUUGGAUCUAUUCUACGAUAUCUGGCAAUCUUUUGAAGGAGAUGAUGCAUGCGAAUAA